CUAAUCCGUACUUUUACUACGUAAAUACGUAUAAUAUUGUUUAUAUAUUUAAUUACAUCAUUAAACAAUGGUUCGAAUUCUACCGAAAAGUGAAACUAAAACUUUUCGAGUACAAACGGGGGUGUCAACUUAAAAUUGAUCUCUCUAAUAGAAACAGACUUUGAUCUCUCGUCAGUCUGCUUGAUAAAAUGUCCCAUGAUGAUCAUAGUUGGGAAACCUGGGUAGAUUCUGUUCAAUCGUCUCAAGAUGCUGAGAUUGAGUUUAUUCCAAUAGCAAACGAUGACCUUGAUGUUAAUGUUAUUAACGCCGAAUGCAAAAAAUGCGAUGAUCAUCGAAAUUUCGUGCCUUUUAACAAUUUUACGAAAGAUUCUUUGCCAGAGGAUUAUCGAGACGAGGAUGAUCUCUUCCAGCUAAUUAGGGCAUUUGGUGAGUUAACGGUCAGGAUAAAAGUGCACGUGUGCAGUGAGAAGAGACCCAAGUUUACACCGGAAUUUCCAAAAGGUUAUCCUCCAUUCGCAGAUGAAGGUGAAACGUAUGGGACUCCCUUAGCAGAUGAAGGUGAAAUAUAUGGGAAUAAGAAAGUUUAUAAAAAGAGAGAUACUGUUUUGGUGGAUAAUAUUAGUAAAGCUGAUAAAGGGAGUAUAAAAAGUGAUGAAUUGAGUGAUAGACGUAACACGUAUGAUCCGUGGGAAGAUACAUACAAUAAAGAAUCUGAUAUAGAAGCCAUAAAGAGUUGUAGUUUCAAUGAUCAAGGUGAAGAGUAUGAUCAAUGGGAUGAAAAAAUAGUGGCGGAAUCUGAUAAAAAAGCCGUAGAGAGUUGUAAUUCCAAUGAUCAACGUGAAACAACAGUAAUGAAAUCUGAUGAAAGAAUCGUAGUAUGUGAUGAUUUCAAUGAUUCAAUGUUGAGAGAAUCUGCAAGGGAUGAUGGGCAUUUCGAGAAUGAUACGAAAGAUAAGGCCAAUGAACGGUUUAAAGAUUCUAUGGUAAACUCACCUCAGGCGUCUUUUGGUAGUGGGCGUAUACAAGAAGCCCUGUGGUACGACAAGAGAUUUGACCACCCUUGCCCAUGUGAGGAGUGUGGAGCUUGUCCACACUCAAAACGUGAAUGGGGCCUGAUACUAGUGCGUACAGCCACCCAUGUUGUGUUCAACGCCGAAGAAGCGAAGAGUACAACGUGUUUGCUGGGAUACGAGACAAAAGGCUCUAGAUGUGCUGUAAUCAAAGGCUUCGACACGACAGCGGAACCGGAUGUGCCUGGAGACACCUGCGUCUUUGACUGCUACACACACAGUAAAGUUUUGUUUGACAAAAUUGAACAAAUGAUAAAAAGAUAUAAGUGUCUGCAGAAAAAAGUGGCGUCGAAAUUCGAGAAAAAGACGGGCGAUAAAAAGCUUGUUGUGAUUGUCUCCCACCCACACGGCCUGAACAAGCAGGUGACUGUUGGGGAAUGGAGCGAUAAGGGAGUGAAGUGUUACGAGACCUGGUAUCAGUACAACUCAGUUACCUGCCCUGGGAGUAGUGGCGGCCCAGUUUUUAUCCUCAGUAGGCUUGGUCGAUUGUCCAUUCAUCCACACAGCAAAGUCGCAAAGGAUAACAAAAAUUCAAGUGGAUCUGGAUUAGGAUAACACUUUCAGACUAAUAGAGGUUAAGACAAUAAAAUGAGAUAAAUAUACGGAUGUUACCCCCCCCCCUCCUCAUUCCAUCAAUUACCACCUUCCGGAAUCUCCUCCAACCCGCCAUUACUUCCCCGGGGGCAAUUAACCCCCUGCCAAUUACCACCGGGUCAUUAACCUCCGCCUAGUAGGAUGUCCCCCCCCCCUCUCGUUCAACUAUACAAAAUGGAAAUGGAUAGCAAAAUGUGUAGGUGUAGUAUGUAUUCCAAAGAGAUGAAAACUGAAAUACCUAAAAUGUCGCUACUGUGGUUUACUUAUUUGAAAGUAUAUUAUUUAUCUAUUUUUACUGAAAAGAAAAGAGUAGGGUCGCUUCUUAAAUUUUAGUAAAGGUAUUCAAUGCAUAAUUAUAGGGACCCUCACUUUUCUUUUUAGUUAUUAAAAUAGUAGUUCAUUAUUAUAUAUUUACAGCAAAGUUACUAAAACUUUUUUUAUGCAUAUUGCUUUUAACAACUGGUUUUCUUGUUUGGAUUUAAUAGAAUGUAAUCUUUAUACAAUGCUUUUUUUUGUUCAGUGUAUGCAUUAUUAUAUUGUAACUUAAAUUUAUAAUUUUGAGG